AUGUCAGAGCUGGAUUAUUUAGUACUCCCUCAUAACAAACUAAUUGGAGAGAUUCCAUCAUCCAUUUGCGACUUGAGAUUACUGACACUCCUCCAUUUAGCAGACAAUCAUUUGGAAGGACAGAUUCCAAAGUGCUUGGGAAACUUCAAUAGUUCAUUGUUGGCUCUUAAUUUAGGUCAAAACCAAAUCACAGCCCUUCAAUCCACAUUUGCAAAAGGUUGCAGUCUUCAGUCCCUUAUUCUGUAUGGCAAUAAGUUGGAAGGAAUAACACAUUCCCUAAUCAACUGCCAACGCCUGGAAAGCAUUGAUUUUGGUGAUAAUGAAAUACGAGGUGCAUUUCCUUUCUGGAUGGAAGCAUUCCCUCAACUUCGCGUCCUCGUCUUGAUGUCUAACAAGUUGAAUAGUACUAUGUUGGAGGCUUCAAAGACCGAGCAUCCGUUUCCAAAGUUGCAAGUCUUGGAUAUAUCAAGAAAUGCAUUUGUUGGCUAUUUACCUGAUAGAUAUUUCAAGAAUUGUGAAGUUUCCAUCGGCAAUCUUAAUUCUCUUAGAUACUUGAAUUUGUCCAGUAAUACUCUCACGGGAGAGAUUCCUGUGUCUCUUGGGAAUAUAAGUAUUCUUGAGUCAUUGGAUUUGUCAUGGAGCAGAUUGAGUGGAAAAAUUCCAAGUGAUCUGACAGGAAACUUGGGAUUGUGUGGAGUUCCAUUGGCAAAGCAAUGUGAAACAACUGAUGGAAAAUCAGUGUUUCCUCCACAAGAAGAUGAUGAUGAUGAGUCAGGAUUUAUAGAUGGAUUUGGUUGGCGAUGUGUCAUGUUAGGGUAUGGAUGUGGAUUUGUGGUUGGAAUUGGAGUUGGUUACAUGAUUAUAAGAAGGCCAAGAUGGUUAGUGGACUUCUUUUUUGGGGCUGGAUAUAGUAAUAGUAAGAUGAAGAGAAGAAAUAGAGCAAAAGCAACAAUAAGGAGAAGGUGA